CAGUGCAACUGGCCGCUCCGUCCGACCGUUAGCCGCCUCGCGCGACCGGGCCGGCACGCCGCUCCGGCCGCCUCCGCAGACCAUGCCGAAGCUGCCGAUCUACCUCGACUACCACGCGACCACACCUGUCGACCCGCGUGUCGUCGACGCAAUGGCGCCGUACUUCACGGACCGUUUCGGCAAUGCCGCGAGCCGGCACCAUCCGUUCGGCUGGACCGCCCGCGACGCCGUCGAGGCGGCGCGCCGGCAGGUGGCCGGUCUGAUCGGCGCGGACCCGCGCGAAUCUGCUUCACGAGCGGCGCCACCGAGUCGAACAACCUGGCGCUGAAGGGCGCGCUGGCCGCGUGCGGCGGGCGACCGCUGCACAGUCGUGACCGUGGCAACCGAGCAUCGGGCGGUGCUCGACCCGUGCCGGCGGCUGGCGGACGGCGGGGUCCGGCUGACCGAGGUCGAGCCGGGUCCGGAUGGCCUCGUCAGCCCGGCGGCGAUCGAGCGGGCGCUCACCGCCGACACGGCGCUGGUCAGCGUCAUGCUGGCCAACAACGAGAUCGGGGUGCUGCAGCCCAUCCCCGCGAUUGCGGCGCUGGCGCGCGAACGCGGCAUUCUGCUGCACAGCGACGCGGCGCAGGCGGUGGGCAGGGCGCCCGUCGACGUCGAGGCGCUCGGGGUCGACCUCUCUCGCUGACGGCGCACAAACUGUACGGUCCCAAGGGCGUGGGCGCGUUGUACGUGCGCCGCCGCCGGCCGCGCGUGCCGCUGGCGCCGCUCAUCGAUGGGGGCGGGCAUGAACGCGGACUGCGCUCCGGCACGUUGAACGUGCCGGGCGUCGCCGAGCCUGGAGCCGUCGCACGUCCUGCGCGCCAUCGGGAUUCCCGACGAACUGGCCCGCGCGUCGCUCCGUUUCGGCCUGGGCCGGUGGACCACCGCGGACGAGAUCGACUACGCCGCCGACAAGGUGAGCAGUCUCGUGACGCGGCUGCGGCAACUGUCGCCAGCAAGUCGCACGUCCUGACGCCCCCGGCGGCGAUCGUCUACACUACGACAAGAAGGAUCGGCCGAAAUGAUUGA